UUGUCGUAGAGUUCGCCGGAGACCACGGACUCGGAAAUGGCCCUGUAGAGUUAGUUUCUGACCGCAGAGAAUCAGACUGGUUUGAGUUGAAGAUUGUGAUUGACAAAGUGUGCAUCGCCAUGGCAAUGACAGCAGGGACGACAGCCGCUUUUCCUAUGAGCAACCACACCCGAGAACGAGUGACCGUCGCCAAGCUCACGUUGGAGAACUUUUACAGCAACCUGAUUUUGCAGCAUGAGGAGAGAGAGACCAGGCAGAAGAAAUUAGAAGUGGCCAUGGAGGAGGAAGGACUGGCAGAUGAGGAGAAAAAGCUGCGCCGAUCACAGCAUGCUCGCAAGGAGACCGAGUUCCUGCGGCUCAAGAGGACCAGGCUUGGCUUGGAUGACUUCGAGUCUCUGAAAGUGAUAGGACGAGGAGCUUUUGGAGAGGUGCGGCUGGUCCAGAAGAAGGACACAGGGCACAUUUACGCAAUGAAGAUACUGAGAAAGGCGGACAUGCUUGAAAAAGAGCAGGUGGCACAUAUCCGAGCUGAAAGAGACAUUUUGGUCGAGGCAGAUGGUGCCUGGGUGGUCAAGAUGUUUUACAGCUUUCAGGACAAGCGGAACCUUUAUUUAAUCAUGGAGUUUCUCCCUGGAGGCGAUAUGAUGACAUUGCUAAUGAAGAAGGACACCUUGACAGAGGAGGAAACGCAGUUCUACAUGUCAGAGACUGUUCUGGCAAUCGACGCGAUCCACCAGCUGGGGUUUAUCCACAGGGACAUCAAGCCAGACAACCUUCUGCUGGACGCCAAGGGACAUGUGAAAUUAUCUGAUUUUGGUUUAUGCACUGGGUUAAAGAAAGCUCACCGGACUGAAUUCUAUAGAAACCUCACCCACAACCCACCAAGCGACUUCUCGUUUCAGAACAUGAACUCGAAGAGGAAGGCAGAGACAUGGAAGAAGAACAGGAGGCAGCUGGCGUAUUCCACAGUCGGGACACCGGAUUACAUCGCUCCAGAAGUGUUCAUGCAGACGGGCUACAACAAACUGUGUGACUGGUGGUCUCUGGGCGUGAUCAUGUACGAGAUGCUGAUAGGCUAUCCACCUUUCUGCUCUGAAACCCCUCAAGAAACAUACAGAAAAGUGAUGAACUGGAAAGAAACGCUGGUGUUUCCUCCGGAAGUCCCUAUCUCUGAGAAAGCCAAGGACUUAAUCCUCAGAUUUUGUACUGAUUCUGAAAACAGAAUUGGGAAUAGUGGAGUAGAAGAAAUAAAAGGACAUCCCUUCUUUGAAGGUGUAGACUGGGGGCACAUUAGGGAGAGGCCCGCAGCCAUCCCAAUAGAGAUCAAAAGCUUUGAUGACACUUCAAAUUUUGAUGACUUCCCCGAGUCUGACAUCUUACAACCAGUGCCAAAUACCACAGAGCCGGACUAUAAAUCCAAAGACUGGGUUUUUCUCAAUUACACUUACAAACGGUUUGAGGGGUUGACGCAGCGUGGCUCCAUCCCCACCUACAUGAAAGCUGGGAAGUUGUGAGUGCACGUCGGGCCCGCGUCCAGGAGCGCUCAGGGGCCGCACCGCCGGGCGCGGUCGGCAUUGUCGCCUGGACACUGACCCCAGAGACAGUGCUGCGUACUGACCGCAGUGGAAAUGCUACAGGGUUAGGACUCUGGAGACUACAACAGGAAUUGGUUGGCAGUGCCAGCUUGCUUUUUAAAAAAAAAUGGAAAAACAAAUAUUAUUUUUGUUAACUUUAUUAUACGAGGGUACUGGACUAAAAGGAGCAGACGUCGCUUUCUCACUGCACUGCCCGCGUGGCCACACCUCCCGUCCAGCCAGGAACACCACGGCCCAUGGACAGCACUGUGGCCCAUUGGGCCGAUCAGUGCAGAGCAGAGCGCGUGGCUCUACAAGACAGUGGGAGUCUCUUCCCGGUGGCUGAGAGGACAUCUUCGGGCUGCUUGCACAUGCGUAGGGUGCCCAUGAAGACAGGCUCUGCAGUGGCUUUAGGACACUUACGUAGCAUUUUCCACCUCAUUACGCAGAGUCCUCAGGACCGUCAUGUUCAACACUGUCACUCAAGCCCGCCUCUGAGACACUCCCUCUGCAUCGAGAAAUACUGAUGACCUUUAUUUAUAUAUGAACUCUGUAUAUGCAUAGGGAAAUGUACUGUAUUAUAUCAAGUGUAAAGUUACCUUUUCUUGUGACGAGAGAACUUCUUUUUUUAACAGGAGGACAUAGCAUUAUUUUAAUUUGAUUAUGGUGAGUUGAAUUUCAAAAAUGACCAUGAAAGCUGCUUGUAGAACCUAGUGUAUUUUUAUUAAACUAUUUUUUUAAAUGUCAAA